UGGCAACCACAAUUUUGAGUGAAUAGUGAGGUGUAUUUUGUCUUCGUGUUACAAAUAUUUUGCAAAUAAAGCAUCUACAAUUCGUUAAUAUACCAAGAUUUAAAUGAAUUUAAGUUGUUACAAGUUAUAUAUAGAAAUUGGAAUAAGUUUUGAGUAUAAAAGCUUUAUAACAUUCGCUGAAUAAACAUUGAGGGCGAGAUCAGCUGCGAUAGAACAACAGAGCCCAUUAGCAGACGUAAUAUAUAUAUAUAUGUAUAUAUACAUAUAUGAGAAUCAGAUUUAGUAAAUCAUACAAAUAUACAUAAGUGUAAGUUGUUACGGUCGGUUCCCAAUAUCCUCGAUCAAGUAACAACUACACCUUAAGUGUAUUAACCAGAAGCCACCUCAGUGUUUUCUUAAACUCGUCAAAUUGCUAAAAGUAAUCAAAAAAUAUUUGAAAUAAAGAUAAAGUAAGGAAAAUACAGCUUAUAUAUUUCAAAACAAACAUCGAUCUCAAAACCCGACGUAACUGUAUUUGAAUUCAAUAUUUCUAACGUACGCUUAAAAUAAAAGGUUGAAGACAUGGAAUUUCUGUUUGGAUCACGUUCAAGUAAAACUUUUAAGCCGAAAAAGAAUAUACCAGAAGGAACUCACCAAUAUGAUUUGAUGAAACAUGCGGCUGCAACUUUGGGUUCUGGUAAUUUACGUAAUGCCGUCGCAUUGCCGGAUGGAGAAGACCUCAAUGAAUGGGUAGCUGUUAAUACUGUCGAUUUCUUCAAUCAAAUAAAUAUGUUGUAUGGCACCAUUACUGAAUUUUGCACCGAAGAGAGUUGCGUUAUUAUGUCGGCAGGACCGAAAUAUGAAUAUCAUUGGGCGGAUGGACUAACUGUCAAAAAACCUAUUAAAUGCAGUGCACCCAAGUAUAUAGAUUAUCUUAUGACGUGGGUGCAAGACCAACUAGAUGAUGAGACACUGUUCCCAUCUAAAAUAGGCAUACCGUUUCCAAAGAAUUUUCUCAGCAUAGCGAAAACUAUUCUAAAACGUCUAUUUCGUGUUUACGCACAUAUAUAUCAUCAGCAUUUCUCAGAGGUUGUUACUCUGGGUGAAGAGGCACAUUUGAAUACAUCCUUUAAGCACUUCAUAUUUUUCGUUCAAGAGUUUAACUUAAUUGAUCGGCGCGAACUGGCUCCACUGCAGGAACUUAUUGACAAGUUAACAGCGAAAGAUGAGCGGCAAAUAUAGGAUUCAUUGCAAGUCGGGAUGCAAUUAGAGUUUUGAGUGUGAACGGUCUCAUUAAGGAACGGAUUAUUGACCGAUAAUCAAACACUAAAGAAAAUACAUUUGUUUUGCAGUACGAAAUGCCGUAAAAAUAUAAAGAUACAUGGCGUUUUUAUAUUUAAUUUUUAAUAACCUCAAAACUAUAAGUAUCCAUCGAACGAUUUAAAAUUAAACGAUAUCAAGAGUGAAAUUUAUUUUUUUAUAAUUAGAAUGAUGUAAGUGUAAGUUUGUAACAAGUGCUGAAUACUUACAUUAUUGCUACUACUAGAAUUCGAAGAUAGAAAUUUUAAUUUAUUCUUUAAAUAUAAAUAUUUAUAAUGUAACAACUAUUUUUAGUGGCUUAACAGCGAUAAAUGCAAUAAACUUAUAUUUUAUUUAUAA